GUUUUUAUUGGCAAAAUUUGUGAUUGCUUAAGCUGUUGCUGCUUAAAGGAAGAUACGUGUUGCUGAUUUCAAUUUGCUUCCACAAUCUUGCUUCAACUACAAGUUGUGAAAGCUCGAUUCUUUUGGGACAUGAGCAUGUGACUCAUGAAAGUUUCAGUCUUUAUUUUAGUCUUUUGCUGUGAUUUGAGCUGGCUAGAGAAGACUCUUGUCUUUGUGUGUUAGUCAUGGUGAUCAUUCUCCUAUUAGCCUUCUUUGUUGGUUCAUCUGUGAGCCUGACAUGUCAUCCCAACGACUUAUCUGCACUCCGGGAAUUCGCAGGAGCGUUGAAGAACAUGUCUGUUACGGAACCUUGGUUAAACGGUUCGCGUUGUUGUGAAUGGGAUGGUGUGUUUUGUGAAGGGGGUGAUGUUUCUGGUCGAGUUACAAAGUUGGUUCUUUCUGAUAAGGGUUUGGAAGGUGUGGUUUCGGGGUCUUUAGGCGAGUUGAGUGAGCUGCGAGUACUUGAUCUAUCUCGUAACCAGCUUAAAGGCGAAUUACCAGUGGAGAUUUCCAAGUUAGAGCAGCUUGAAGUUCUUGAUAUGAGCCAUAAUUUGUUAUCAGGGUCAGUUUUGGGAGCGGUUUCUGGUUUAAAGCUGAUUCAGUCGCUGAACAUUUCCAGCAAUUCGCUGAGCGGGAAGUUAUCGGAUGUUGGAGUGUUUCCUGGUAUUGUGAUGCUUAAUGUAAGCAACAAUUUGUUCGAGGGUGAGAUUCAUCCUGAACUCUGCAGCUCAUCUGGUGAGAUUCAGGUUCUUGAUUUAUCGAUGAAUCGUUUGGUGGGGAAUCUUGAUGACUUGUAUAAUUGCAGCAAGUCUAUCCAGCGGCUCCAUGUCGACAGCAACGGAUUGACUGGCCAACUUCCGGAUUAUCUUUAUUCGAUCCGAGACUUAAAGCAACUAUCACUCUCUGGAAACUACUUAUCUGGAGAGUUAAGCCAGAACUUGAGCAAUCUCUCUGGUCUUAAGUCUCUGUUGAUUUCCGAGAACCGGUUUUCCGGUGUAAUUCCAAAUGUUUUUGGCAAUCUGACUCAGCUGGAACACCUUGAUGUAAGCUCCAACAAGUUCUCGGGAAGAUUUCCGCCAAGCUUAUCUCAAUGCUCGAAGCUGCGGGUUCUUGAUCUUAGGAACAACUCGUUAUCUGGUUCUAUCAAUCUUAACUUCACUGGAUUUACCGAUCUUUGCGUGCUCGAUCUCGCCAGUAAUCAUUUCUCUGGACCACUUCCUGAUUCCCUUGGCCAUUGUCCCAAGAUGAAGAUCUUGAGUUUGGCGAAAAACGAGUUCAGCGGCAAAAUCCCCUACACCUUCAAGAAUCUGGAGUCUCUCUUGUUCCUGUCCUUAUCCAACAACAGCUUUGUGGAUUUUUCUGAGACAAUGAAUGUGCUGCAACAUUGCAGAAAUCUCUCCACUCUUAUUCUCUCAAAGAAUUUCAUCGGCGAGGAAAUACCAAGCAACGUCACUGGUUUCAACAACCUCGCGAUUUUAGCCCUCGGAAACUGCGGUCUUAGAGGUCAGAUUCCGAGCUGGUUAUUGAAUUGCAAGAAGCUGGAAGUUCUUGAUCUCUCUUGGAAUCACAUUUACGGAACUAUCCCUCAUUGGAUCGGUAAGAUGGAGAGUCUGUUCUACAUAGACUUCUCAAACAACACUUUAACCGGAGAAAUCCCGGUAGCCAUAACCGAGCUCAAGAACUUAAUCCAUCUAAACUGCACCGCUUCUCAGAUGACCACCUCUUCUGGUAUUCCUCUCUACGUUAAGCGGAACAAGAGCUCGAGUGGUCUUCCAUAUAACCAAGUUUCAAGAUUCCCGCCAUCUAUCUAUUUGAACAAUAACCGCCUUAACGGGACGAUCUUGCCGGAGAUCGGACGUUUGAAAGAGCUUCACAUGCUGGAUUUGAGCAGGAACAACUUCACCGGGAGGAUACCUGAUUCCAUUUCAGGGCUUGACAAUUUGGAGGUUCUUGAUUUGUCUUACAAUCAUCUCUACGGUUCGAUUCCUCUGUCUUUUCAGAGUCUCACUUUCUUGUCGAAGUUCAGCGUUGCAUAUAAUCGUCUCACUGGUGCGAUUCCAUCUGGAGGCCAGUUCUACAGCUUCCCACACUCCAGCUUUGAAGGAAAUUUGGGGCUUUGUCGCGCGAUUGAUUCUCCUUGCGAUGUUCUGAUGAGUAACAUGUUGAAUCCGAAAGGUCCUUCGCGUAGUAAUAACAAUGGCGGAAGAUUCGGGAGAAGCAGCAUUGUUGUACUUACCAUAAGUCUAGCCAUUGGGAUUACUCUACUACUUUCUGUUAUUCUGUUAAGAAUUUCAAGAAAAGACUCGGAUGAUCGAAUCAAUGACGUUGAUGAGGAAACUAUCAGCGGUGUUCCGAAAGCUCUCGGGCCAUCAAAGAUUGUGCUUUUCCAUAGCUGUGGAUGCAAAGAUCUGAGUGUUGAGGAGUUGUUGAAAUCUACAAACAAUUUCAGCCAGGCAAACAUUAUAGGAUGUGGCGGAUUUGGUCUUGUGUACAAAGCGAAUUUUCCUGAUGGCUCGAAAACAGCGGUCAAGAGGCUUUCUGGUGACUGCGGGCAGAUGGAACGCGAAUUCCAAGCGGAAGUUGAAGCAUUGUCGCGAGCGGAACACAAGAAUCUGGUCUCUCUUCAAGGCUACUGCAAGCAUGGAAACGAUCGGCUGCUUAUCUACUCAUUUAUGGAGAACGGAAGCUUGGAUUAUUGGCUGCACGAGCGGGUAGAUGGGAAUAUGACUCUCAAAUGGGACGUGAGAUUGAAGAUAGCUCAAGGCGCAGCACGCGGGCUUGCUUACUUGCAUAAAGUCUGUGAACCAAAUGUUAUCCAUAGGGAUGUGAAGUCGAGUAACAUUUUGUUAGAUGAGAAGUUUGAAGCUCAUCUUGCGGAUUUCGGGUUAGCGAGGUUGCUUAGGCCGUACGAUACUCACGUGACGACUGAUUUGGUGGGGACAUUGGGUUAUAUUCCUCCUGAAUAUAGCCAGUCUCUGAUUGCAACAUGUAGAGGAGAUGUUUACAGUUUCGGCGUCGUGCUUUUGGAGCUAGUUACGGGCCGUAGACCUGUGGAAGUCUGUAAAGGGAAAAGUUGCAGAGAUUUGGUGUCUCGGGUGUUUCAAAUGAAGGCCGAGAAGCGUGAAGCUGAGCUUAUCGAUACAACAAUACGCGAAAAUGUGAACGAGAAAACAGUUUUAGAGAUGUUGGAGAUUGCUUGCAAAUGCAUUGAUCAUGAGCCUAGAAGGAGACCGUUGAUCGAAGAAGUCGUUACUUGGCUUGAAGAUCUUCCCAUGGAGUCUGUUCAACAACAAUGAAAACUCCUUUAUAGGAGCUUUCUUAGUUUCUUUGUUAAUGAAGUGUAGAUCACUAGUUUUAAUCAAAGAAACUUGGGGUAUACAUGUAAAGCAAUGAACUUUUUUUUUACUCAACAUACGAAUCAGACUUUUCUCAUGUCAUAAUACUCUGUAUGUUAGGACUUAAAAAGCCAAAUCAAUAAUGUGCUUUUAA